AUGACAAGAUCUCUCAUCUACGGCCUGUAUAUCUAUCUUCAAUUGACUCGAUUUUCGGACGCUCUACCAGUUCUUUCAAACAACACUGUUGCCUCCACGAAUACGACCGUCAACGACAGCAAGAAACUUACAACAGAGGCUACAUCAGCUUGGUGGUUUCCCAAUCUUGACCACACCUCAGGCACCGUCCGCGACUACGUACCAUUCCUCAGGACCCCCGACUACCCAGUCUACAAAUCUGUCUCAUCGGGAAACUCGGCAGCUUUUCGCAAAGCCCUGUACGCAGAUGGUCCGAAUGGAGACCGUGAUAACUUCUGGCUCGCCGGUCAGCCCAGAGUCGUCUACCUCGCACCUGGAACAUAUGUUCUCGAUUCAACAAUCUACCUCGACACAGAUACCGUCAUCAUUGGUGACGCAGCAAAUCCGCCUACCAUUCGAGCCGCUGCAGGUUUCUCAGGCGACUAUCUCAUCUGUGGCGGACAGGGUGGCGAUACUGCUUCCGGGGGAGAGCUUCACUUCUCUGUCAUGAUCAAGAAUAUUGUUCUAGAUACGAGCUCGAACUCUGCCAAGACCGACUUCGUAGCAUUGAGCUGGCGUGUAGCUCAGAACACGGCGCUUGCCAACGUCAAGAUCCAGAUGCCAUCCAAUGCCCACACUGGAAUUUGGAUGGGCCAGGGGUCGGCUGUCUCUGUCGGCGAUGUCAAGUUCUAUCAGGGGAGCGUUGGCAUGCACUAUGCUGGGCUUCAACAGGCCACACUCAAGAAGAUGGAGUUCCAUGGCUGCACUACCGGCAUCAGGAUUGACAAUGGAUUCACAGUCAACGUACAUGCACCUAUCUUCGACACAGUCGGCUUCCCGAUCGUUCUCAACUCAGGAGGUCCUUGGGUAUCCGUCAUCGACGCCAUCUCUACAAAUUCGGGGACCUUCUUCACCAGUAAUGUCGGAUACCCGAAUUUUAUGCUGGAAAACAUCUCGCAAAGCGCUGGCAACUCACCGGUCGUGGUCGUGGGCGGUCAGACGAAGAUCAAGUAUCAGACAUCUGUCGGCACAUACGUCUACGGCAAUACCUAUGGGGCAAACCCAAUCUACCAGACCGACCCACAGAUCAAGUCGGUGCCGCGUCCGGCAUCCCUAGCUCCUGGCGGAAAAUACCCAGCUUUAACGGCACCACAGUACCACUAUGCUGUGGCAGGUGAUGUUGUCAACCUCAAGAAUCCGAAACGAAAUGGUGGCUUCCAUUUGUAUGGAGAUGGAUCUACCGAUGACACCUCGGCCUUGCAAGGAGCGCUCAACUUUGCUGCUUCGCAAGGUAAAAUCGCUUAUCUACCUUACGGGAUCUAUCGCGUGUACAAGACAGUCACGAUUCCAGUUGGCACACGACUGAUCGGUAAUGCCUGGUCGACGAUAUCUGGAUUUGGUCCUGCCUUCAAAGACGAAUCAAAGCCAACGCCGAUUGUAAGAGUCGGUGCUCCCGGAGCUGUUGGAAAGGCAGUCAUCCAAGACAUGCGGUUCACCGUCGGCGAAGCUCUACCCGGAGCCAUCAUACUGCAAGUCAACAUGGCUGGUCACCAGCCUGGCGAUGUGGCUAUUUUCAAUUCUCUCCUCACUGUUGGCGGCACUCGCGAUACUCAGCUCAGCUGUUCGAGCGAAGCCAACUGCAAAGCUGCAUAUCUCGGCCUUCAUCUGUCAACAACAUCAUCAGCAUACAUUGACAACUUCUGGUCCUGGCUCGCUGACCACGCUUCCGACUCCAGCAACGUCAGAACCCGCACAGCCGGUAAAGGCGGAAUUUUCGUCGAAGCAAGGAAAGGCACCUGGCUCGCCGGAGUGGCGAGCGAACACUGGUGGCUCUACCAAUUCAACUUCAACAACGCCAAAAACAUCUUCAUGUCCCUGAUUCAGUCAGAGACGAACUACAAUCAAGGAACAAAUGCCGUGGUGACCCCUCCCUCUCCUUUCGUGGCGAGACCGAAGGAUCCCGCGUUUGCAUGGUGUCAUGGUGAGGCGAACAGCAGCGACUCGGAUUGCCCAAUGGGCCCUGCACAGUUCUACGAUGGCGGAGACUCGAUUUUUCAAUACGCGGCUGCGAGUUGGAACUUCUUUGGUGGUGAAGAGACGACAAUGAAUGUCAUACGGAAAAGUCCAACGAAUCUACAUCUUUAUGGACUUUGCGACCACGACGCCAAGUAUAUCAUGAGGCUUCCGGACGGAUCACGCUUUGGGAACGGUCCAAACGACGGAUUUGGCGGAAGUUGGGGAACUGUUGUUGCUGAGUAUUCUACCGCGGCUGCGUGA